CUGUUUAUAUAUGCUUGAAAGCAACAAUGAAUUCUAACAAAAAAGUAUAUUCAUUGCGUUUUAACCAGGACCAGAGCCUAUUCGCGUGCGCUUCUGACAAUGGCAUACAGAUUUUCAACAUAGAGCCGUUAUCAGAGGUCGAGCACAUUACAGACCAUCCAGAUCUGCCCCCCAUUGGAAAGGUCGAGAUGUUACAUCGUUCAAAUUUCCUCGCAUUAAUACCUGACGGCAGUGGAAACUGUGCUGAUAAUGUGGUACUUGGAUACGACUUAAACAAACAUAGUGUGUGUAUGGAUUCAGCUUUCAUUGGAAAGGUGUUAUCUGUUCGUCUGCGCCGUGAUAAGAUGGUUGUAGUUCGCAGUCGUCAGAUCAGUGUAUUUUCGUUUCCAGGAAUCCCGAAGGUGCUUCAUGUGCGUGACACUCGUCCAAAUCCCAAAGGCCUUUGCGAACUCAGUCCCCUUGCGACUUCUCAGCGAAUCAUACUCGCGUAUCCUGGUCAGAAGAUUGGUUCCGCCAUGAUUGAGGACUUAUCCUCGUCGCCUCCGCACUCGAUUACCAUAAAUGCUCAUCAAAAUGAACUCGAAUGCAUUGCGCUUAACCAAAGUGGCACGAUGCUUGCCACCGCUAGCCAGAAAGGAACCCUGAUACGCGUGUUUGAUACGGCAAGGUCGUCUGCACAGCUGUAUGAGUUUCGUCGGGGAAACGAUCCAGCGACGAUGUAUUGCAUCAACUUCUCGCCCGACGAUAGGUAUCUUUGUUGCUCGUCGGAUAAAGGGACAGUGCACAUCUUUGCUAUCCUCAAUACCUCGCUCAACAGACGAUCGAUCAAGCCGUUCGAUUUUGCAUCGUUCGCAUCGUUUGCAACUGAUGUACGAGCGUUGGCAUCAUUCAAGGUCAAGGCGGAGUGUGCCUGUAUGUGUGCAUUCGGACCGCAGACAGAACGUGGCCAGAUAGUGUAUGCUGUCUGUGUAGAUGGAACGUUCCAUAAAUACAUCUUCUCCGAAACUACGCGAGCCUCUCUCGAGGCAUUUGACUGCUUUUUUGAUGUUUGUCCACAUGAUAAACAGGAACUAUGUUAACUAACUUUAGCACAAAGGUGACAAGUUACCCCCAAUUCGAAUGAAUGUUAUUGUGAUUUUAUAGAAGUAUACCGUACGACGCACAUUGGCAUAUACGUGGGCUGGAAUGCAGAGCUGUUUCUUUUAAUGAAUUCAAUUAGAAAUAGAUUCAAUUUAUGUAUCAAGAUUUGUUAUUGAAUAUGGAGGGUCGGGAGCGAUGUAUGACGAAUGGUAGAAGGCGGAAAACAAUUAUUAUAUAUUGCGUGUUCACUUGCCACUUGCAGACCAAUAAUUAUAAUGGAUUGCUGUUGAAUAAUAAGCAGGUCGUGGGAACGGCAUUAUCUCGAAAAUAACAGUUCUAUUGUUUUUGUAAUCAUUUGUGUUGCUAUACGAUUUAUAACGUUGGCGAGAAAAGAAAAAACAAAGCUUGAAACAGCUAAAAAAUCGCUCCAGUCGAAAAUGGCUAGUGAAUUCUCGAUAUCGAACUGUUUAUCUUUUCCAAAUUUAAGAACGGUGAACCGUUAUAUAUUGUCUAUUUGCAUUCAGUUGUCUCAUGCGUAUCUUAUAUGUACAUAAUUAUGUAUGAGAUAAACGGAUUAAGAAGUGAUUAAAAACAGAUGCAACAGAAUGUUAUGAGAUGCACUUACUUUUAGUGUUAUCUUUUGUGUAUUAUAAGUAUUCGUUUUACCAUACAUGUCUGGUAUUCGCAGACCGAAUUGUAAACAAACCCGUUGAAUGUUUCGCUUGUACUCCGCUAAUUGGUCCAUGUUUCAGAAUAUUUCAGAAAUGGGAGUUGCUAUACUAUACGUGUAUCUCAACGCUCAUAUGUUAAAA